GAACACAGGGAGCACAAAUUGGUCUAUUGGUCCACAACCACCCUAUCGCUGUAUUUAGCUCCUCUCUGCCACUGAAACACUCUUCUGUUCACCACUUACUCACCGUUCACCAGCAUCUCAGGAACCAGUGCAGCUACCAUGGAGAACGUGGCAAUAUUUGACUCACCUGGAAAGGGGAGGGGUCUGAAGGCUACCAAGGAGUUUUGGGCCGGAGAUGUGAUUUUUUCUGAGCCCAGUUUCGCAGCUGUUGUGUUUGACAGUCUAGCAGAACGUAUUUGCCACAGCUGUUUCCGAAGACAAGACAAGCUACAGAGGUGUGGCCAGUGCAAAUUUGCCCAUUACUGUGACCGAACCUGUCAGCGUGCUGGCUGGGCUGAACACAAGCAAGAAUGUGGUGCCAUCAAAACCUAUGGCAAAAUACCGAAUGAGAACAUCCGUUUGGUGGCCCGCAUCAUGUGGCGUAUUGACAAGGAGGGGUACGUGGUGUCUGACAUGCAGCUGACCACACUGGAUGAACUAGAGGACCACAUUCCUGACAUGCAAGAGGAUGAGUUGCAGGAGUUAAAAGUGGACAUCCACAACUUCCUGGACUACUGGCCUCGUACCAGCAAACAGCACACGAUUGACGUUAUCUCACAUAUUUUUGGAGUGGUUAACUGUAAUGGUUUCACUGUCAGCGACCAGAAGGGCCUUCAGGCAGUUGGAGUUGGUCUUUUCCCCAAUUUGUGUCUAGUGAAUCAUGACUGCUGGCCAAACUGCACCGUGAUCCUCAACCAUGGCAAUCAAUCGGCUGUGAAUACUAUGUUUCAUUCUCAACGGAGGAUUGAGAUUCGUUCUCUAGGUAAGAUCUCAGAGGGAGAGGAGCUGACAAUCGCAUAUGUGGACUACUUGAAUUUGUCGGAAGAGAGACAAAGACUGCUGAAAACACAAUACUUCUUUGACUGCACAUGUGAGCACUGCAAGAACCACCUCAAAGAUGACUUGAAGUUGGGGGGAACGGAAGUGGAUGGAGUCAAGCCCUCAGAGGAGGAGGUGAAAGAGACAACAGAUUACUGUUUCCAAAUGCUGGAGAAGAUGGACAAGGCUCGAUUAAAUGCCGACUACCAUGAGGUGGUAAAAAUCUGCAAGGAGUGCAUAGCGAAAACUGAGCCAAUUUUGGCUGACACUCACAUCUACCAGUUGAGGAUAUGGAGCACAUUAAGCGAGGUGCAAGCUUACCUGCAGUACUUUAACGAUGCUGCAGACUAUUCCCGCAAAAUGGUGGAUGGAUACGUGAAACUGUACCACCCCAACAAUGCAGCUCUCGGUAUGUCUGCUAUGCGAGCAGGAGUGACUCAUUGGCAAGCUGGGGAGAUAGAGGUUGGCCACGGGAUGAUCUGCAAGGCCUACGCCAUUCUCAUGGUCACCCACGGCCCAACACACCCCAUCACCAAGGACUUGGAGGCGAUGCGCAUGCAGACAGAAAUGGAGCUGAGGAUGUUCAAGCAGAAUGAGUAUGUCUACCACAGUAUGAGAGAUGCUGCUCUGAAGAACAAACCAAUGGCCAUGAUGCAUGAACCCAGAUCUAUGGAGGAGGGAAUCAAGAAUCUCUUCCACCGGAAGAAGUAAUCAAGAGGACUGCAGUCAUUCAACUAUCAAGAAACCCAUCCUAAUAACCCCCAUUACUUAAUGUUUUGAGUGUUGUGUGAGGCUACUCAUUUAGUCACUUUUUUUGUAGUUACUUUUCAUUAAAAUGUCAAACUUU